AUCGGCACCAAUCUUGGCCAUUCCGGGUGCUGUGAGUAAGAUGGCGGCCGCGCCGACUUUGUCUCAGUGCGUAAGCGGGCCCGAAGUGAUCCGUGGGCAGGUGUUCGAUACCGGACCUCGGUACACCAACCUCAGCUAUAUCGGCGAGGGAGCCUAUGGCAUGGUUUGCUCAGCCCAUGACAACGUGAAUAAAGUUCGUGUGGCCAUCAAAAAGAUCAGCCCUUUCGAACACCAGACAUACUGCCAGCGGACCUUGCGUGAGAUUAAAAUUCUGCUGCGCUUCAAACAUGAGAAUAUUAUUGGCAUCAAUGACAUCAUCCGAGCCCCCGCCAUUGACCAAAUGAAAGAUGUGUACAUUGUGCAGGAUCUGAUGGAAACCGACCUCUAUAAACUGCUGAAGACUCAGAACCUUAGCAAUGAUCACAUCUGUUACUUCCUGUAUCAGAUUCUCCGCGGGUUAAAGUACAUCCACUCUGCCAAUGUCCUUCAUCGGGAUCUCAAACCAUCCAACCUCUUGCUCAAUACUACCUGUGACCUGAAGAUCUGUGACUUUGGACUGGCUCGUGUUGCUGAUCCAGACCAUGAUCACACUGGGUUCCUGACAGAGUAUGUUGCUACCCGUUGGUACCGGGCACCUGAGAUUAUGCUCAACUCCAAGGGUUAUACCAAGUCAAUUGAUAUCUGGUCAGUCGGCUGUAUCCUGGCUGAGAUGCUCUCCUGUAGACCUACUUUCCCAGGCAAGCAUUAUUUGGACCAGCUCAAUCAUAUCCUUGGUAUUCUUGGCUCGCCUUCUCCCGAGGACCUGAACUGUAUAAUUAAUGUCAAAGCCAGAAACUACCUGCAAUCUCUGCCACACAAGAACAAAGUUCCCUGGAACAGGCUGUUCCCCAAAGCUGAUGUAAAAGCUCUGGAUUUAUUGGAUAAAAUGUUGACCUUCAACCCACAUAAGAGGAUUGAAGUGGAGGCAGCUCUUGCUCACCCUUACCUUGAACAAUACUAUGACCCCAGUGAUGAGCCUAUUGCAGAAGCACCCUUUAAGUUUGACAUGGAGUUGGAUGACCUACCCAAGGAGAAGCUCAAGGAGCUGAUUUUUGAAGAGACGGCCAGAUUUCAACCACAUUAUCAGCAUUCCUAAACUACAAGCACCCUUGCAUACAGGGGCCAGGACUGCAGGACUGGACAUGCUCAGAAUUCGUUUGUUUCUAACUCCUCCUGAAUCCUGUCUCGUGCAUCUCAGCUUAUUCAUUGUACUCUUUAAAAAAACUCUGCCGUGGCACCUGUAACCAUGGAGAUUGUCCAUACUGGAAGCCUUGGCAUUUUUUGCUUGCUGUGGACUCAGAGAUGAGAAUUCACACUUGGUUGUAUUGGUAUUGGCAAAGAAAUUGAAAGUUGUACAGCCAGUGUGCACACACACAUUUAUUGAUCUAUAUCCUAUGUAACUUAGCAAUGGUGUUUGAAAGAAAGCAGGACUAACUUAGUGAAUAAAUAGACAUAAAAUACAACAGACACAUUUUGAGCACUUCAGUUUAGUUUUUUAAUGCACUUUGAGAUGUAUCGAAACGUAACUGAUCAUUCAGUAUUACGGUUGCUGUGUCUGGUCACAUCAGAUGUUUCAAAUCUUUGAUUAAAUUGUGGGGGAUUUCUAAACCUUGCAUGCUCCUGUGAGAUCCCCCAAGCAUAGGGAGAGAUUUAGAUAUUCAGUGUGAGAUGUGACUAACCUGCAUUCUUUUAAACCAGUGUUGCUCUGUUGAAUGGUUGUAUAGAUUGUGUACUCUUACUCAAGCCUGUCAAGGUGGCUCCCUCACUGUCUUUUAUUAAUUUAAAAGUAAAUUACUGGCAUAUAUCCCUGAAAUAUUAUGCAAUGCUGAUAUCAACAACACUAUUGUGUUUUACUCUAGUUUUCCUUUGAACAACAUUCCAUUCAAUAUAUUUUAAAAAACAAUCUAUUCCAUUUCAGAAACUUGCAUUGGGUAACACAGAUCCAAGGUAUAAAAUCCUGGUCUGUGAAAAAAAACUCUGCCUUGCAUCCUCUGAAGAUUUUCUGUACUGGCUAAAUCGGAGGAAGUGCAAAUGGAUGCUUUGGUUUGAAAAAUGAUUGAGCAGUUUUAAAGGAAGCUUAGGUGAGUGGGUCUCCUUGAGAGCAGCUUGGAAUUCUAAGACCCUGUGUGCUUAUGGCAUUGAGAAGGAAGGGUGCCAUAAAGAUUCCUGUCCCUUUUCUGUGUUCGCAGAGUGUUUGUGGAUGAAGCCUGUACAACGUGGAGCUUUCUUAGCUAUAUUUGAAUUUAAAGUGCAGUGCCUGAUCCUUAGUCUCGAAACCUAUUGUGACAAUUGCCUUGUACAAUUUACUGUGUCCAAGCAUGACUGUUAAGCUUUGUAUACAAAGACUGUCCAAGUGCCACACACAAAAACACACACACACGCACACGCACAUACACACAUACAUGCGCACACGUACGUAUCAGACACAUACAGAUCCAGAGUAGGAGUAAAUCUUACUGCUUCAAGCUUCGUCCUAUAGACCUCAUUGGUUUCCUCUCUGGUUUUGCUUCCUGUAUAAAUCAUGCUUUAUUCCUUUUUUUUUUUAAAAAGCCGCCUUUUGCAGACUCUGUGAUGUAACUGUAUAGAGCGCACUAUCAUGUAACUCGUUCAGUUGGCUUUUUGUUCUAGUUGGUCUGCUGCCUUUAUAAAUUGUGUACCCUCCAGAGAAAUCUAAACAUGUAUAAUAAAUGGAAAGCGGUUAUGGUUAAAUUUUAAUGGAAAAACCUGCAACAAUAGGUGUCAAAAUGUGAUGUCACCGCAUAGACAUACCUGAUUGUAUUGUGACUGGUAUUGGAUUUAAGCAUAUUAUAUAUAUGGACAAACUUGUAGGUACAAAGAUUUAUUUUGCCUUAAGUUUAUUUCAAUGUUAUAUGUAAACAAAUUUUAAUCCUUUAAUGAAUGUUCUUUUUGUUCCCGGCACAUACAGCUCUUGUAAAAUUAUUUAAAUCAGUGUCUCCCUGCAUCUUUUAAAUACAGUAUGUUCUAUACACAA